AUGCUCUCCAAGAUUAUCCUUCUUACCCUGGCUACUCUGCGCUUGACUUGGGCCGGCCCUCCAGCUGUUCCAGGCUUCUCCCUUACAUGGAGUGAUGAGUUUACCGGCACUGCAAGCAGCCUUCCCAAUCCUGCAGAGUGGAUCGUCGACAUCGGCCAUUCUUACCCCGGUGGACCUGACAACUGGGGCACAGGCGAGAUCCAAGCGUACACCGAUCGCCCCGAGAAUCUCAAGCUCACUGGCGACGGCAACCUGCAAAUCACUCCCCUCCGCAAUGCCAAUGAGGAGUGGACUUCUGCUCGCAUCGAAACCAAGCGCUCCGACUUCCAGGCUCGCGCUGGCGGCAAGUUGCGAGUCUCAGCUCGCAUCCAAAUGCCUGACGUUACUGGCGACGCUGCGGCUGGAUACUGGCCCGCCUUCUGGUCUCUCGGCGACAAGUUCCGUGGCUCAAUGGCGUGGCCUGCCGUCGGAGAGUACGAUAUCAUGGAAAAUGUCAACGGUCUCAACCGCGUCUGGGGCGUCCUGCACUGCGGUGUUGCUCCAGGCGGCCCUUGCAACGAGAUGAUUGGAAAGGGAAACUAUCUUGAGUGUCCUGGCUCGCCCUGUCAAGGCAACUUCCAUAUUUACGGCGUCGAGGUGGAUCGUAGCUCGAAGCCUGAGAAACUUACUUGGAGCGUGGAUGGCAAGGACUACCAUACCGUUACAGAGACGGAUAUUGGGGCAGGUACUUGGAAGGAUGUUGUAGACCAUGGCCAGUUUCUUCUCAUCAAUGUUGCGAUGGGUGGUGCAUUUCCUGAUGGUAUUCGUGGGAGCCGCACUCCCAUUCCACAGACUGUGCCGGGCAAGUCGCUUCUAGCUGACUGGAUUGCCGUGUACAAUUCAGUCUAG